AUGGCCGAACCAACAAUCACGGCGGUCAAAGCAGCCUUCCUCCGCGUCGAGGUCCGCCAGCUUGAAACGCCGUUGGAGCCGUCGACUCAUUGGCGCGCCUAUGGACCUAAGCCCGGGGCCAUGUCCAGAGAGGGCCGUCCUCUGCUCAGCGACAAAGCGGUCCAGGACCUCGUUGCGAAAGUCAACGACAAGAUCAAACAGCACAACCGCCUCGUCUUCUCCACGCAGUCGCAGCGCCACGUCGCCGAGCAGAUCGAGUCGCUGCUGUGGGCGCGCGCCAGCGCCGCCGCGGAGCACGCCGAACGCGACACGCUCGCCCUCCGCAGAGACGCGGACCUGGAGGACUCGGCCGUGAUCGCUGCGCUGCCGCACGAUUACGCCGCCCUGCACAUCCACCCGGACCACGGCACCGCGAGAAAUGAAGAGCGAGGGGACGGCAGAGAAGGAAAAGAGGACGCGGAAGAACAAUACGCCCGCUUACGUGGAGAGCUCGUCACCCUCAGCCGGCAGAGGGACGCGUUAAAGGCCCGGCUCGCCAGGUACCGACACCUCCAGGAAAUGACCGAGCCGCUGCGCGAUCCGCAGGAGAAUGUCCAGCCAAAUCUCGUCACGAAGCAUGGCAUGCUGGCCAAGGAACUGGACCGCACCAGAGUCGUUCUGUUGAGGAUCGCGGCGCAGUUACGUGGAGAGGAGCAGCCGAAGCGGCGGACGAAGCGGCGUCGUCGCGAGGUGGUGCCACGACCGCCGCCGCAGACGGAUCAAGAGAAAUUAGGACAGGUCUUGGGGUGGGCUCGGACAUGA